GCGGGUAUGGAACAUUGCAUGUGCUGAUUGAACGAUACACUACACAUGCUGGGUCGGUGCUGGACAAAGCAAGUUAUUCUAAAAUGAAGCUAGUUAUCCUCGCUCUUGUAUCACUCUGUUUCUCAGAUUUCACUGCAGCAGAGUGCGCAAAAGAUAUGCUGGAGUCGUUAUCUGAAGCCAAGGCUGAGUGCGAUGCAAGAUAUAGACAGGAACACGGUCUCGGUACUAGAAAACCCUCAGAUUUGUUUCACAUCACAAGAUGCUGUAUGCUGAUUUACGGCAUGGCUUGCAUUCCCUUACGGCUCUCAGAAAAAGGAUGCGAUCAGCGGAAUAUUGCGCGUUUAAAAAAGAUGUGGGGCAAGCUAAUAGAGGCUGCAUGUGAACCAUCAAACUGGAACUGCCUCCUUGAAGCAAAAUGCGACGCCCCAACAAUAUCCGACGCGAACACUGAUUGCUACAAAACAUACAACCAGGAACACGGCGUCAAUACUCGAAAGCCUAGUGACCCACUUGAACCAAGUGGGGAUGUGGAACUACUCUGCUGUAUGUUAAAAUACAACAAGUAUUGCGUUCCGAAACUCCUAGAAGAAAAAGGUUGCCACCCCGACGCUGUUCUACGUUCUGGUACGGCGAUAGAGACGAGAAUGAAAACAACUUGUCCAUCGUCCAAACCGAAGUGCGUCCCUCCACCACAGUGCAAUGAUAAAACAUUAUCAGACGCCAGGCUCAUUUGCGAGCAAAGAUAUAAAGAAGCACAUGAGCCAACAGGUCCGAAACGUCGUGCAGACCUACAACCUAGAGAUCUGAGCCGGGAGGAUAUGCACAAAGAACAAUGCUGUGUAAUGGAAUACAGCAGGGAUUGCAUUCUGGGAUAUCUAAAAGAACACGGAUGCAGUGAUCCAGAUUUUCUUGAGAUUUUUCUUGAGAAUAUACGGACCGAAUGUGGAGCAUCCAAGUGGAACUGUACAGAGUGCAAAAGAGAAGAUAUGGUUGAGAGAUUUUCUGAGGCCGACGCUGAGUGCGAUGCGAGGUACAGACAACAACAUGGUCUCACUGCCGGAAAACCCACACAUUUGGUUCCCGAUACGACCAGAUGCUGCAUGUUGCUUUACGGCAAGGACUGCGUUCCCCUUCGACUCGUAGAGAAAGGAUGCGAUGCUUGGAUUCUCGCAAGUUCCGAAGAAAUGUGGAGCAAGCGAAUAUUGGCUGCAUGUGACCCAUCGACCUCGAAGUGCGACGUUGCUCCGAAGUGCAGCGAAGAAACGGUGAGUGACGCCGACACUGAGUGCGGCAAAAAAUACAGACUGGAACGUGGACUUACUACUAGAAAACCUGACGGAAAGCCAGACGAUGCAGAUAUGAGCCCCGAGAUGCACAAACAACAGUGCUGUUCCAUGGAAUACAGUACGCAGUGCGUUCCCGAAGUGCUCAAACGGAAAGGAUGCAGUGAUGAGAUUGCCGCGUCUUUCAUUGCACAGAGGAAGAAGCUAAUGGUGGUAAUGUGUGGAACGUCGAUGGGGCACUGCGAUUUCUACAAGAGCAAGAGCACUGGCCAUAUCAUACAUCCCAUAUGGACUUUGGCAACAUCGAUCUUUGUGAUGUCGGUGGUAACAAGCGGCUGUUACAAAAGCAUCUGCUAGAUUAACUUCCCAUUAAAAUAAUGAUUAUUGUCA